AUGCAACAAGAAUUAGCAACACCGCCUACUUCUGCGACCUGCUGUUUCCUCACUCUUCUCUCGUACCCAGUCACCGUCACCGUCACCGUCACGCAGGUCAGUCGGCUGCGCUGCAGCAAGGUAGCAGCAGUUUGGCAGCUGGUCCCAGACUCCCAGGUCAAGGUCCCGGUCCAGCAGAAACCAGACCAGAAAGAUCAGCUCAAAGGCCCUUCCCCCGGGAACAAGAGCCCGAACGACGCUCUGGCGGUCGCUCGGGCUGGGCUGGGCGGCCGUGAUCUCGACGACGACGACGACGACGACGACGAUGAUGAUGUUGAUGACUCUGUCUCUCCCGCUACUCUUUCGGUGUCGGCGGUGCUUAGUCUCCCCCCGACAAGCGCCGCACUAUCUGAUUGUGGACUGUCACUACUGUCGUCUGUGAGGUGGGAACUUUAUGGAGAACACUAUGAGCCGGCCUUCCACCUUGGGCCUUUGGGGUACGUUGCUAGUUCUCUUCGGUUGUCUUUUUAG